CCCACCGCUCGCCCGUUCCGAUCCCCUCUCCUCUCGUCCCCCGACUCCGCGCCGCCGGCGAGGGUUUGCCUCGCGCCGCCCGCCCCCACGGCCGCCGCCGCUCCUCCUCUCCCCGAGCCGCGCCCGCCCUCGGCCACGGGCGGGCGAGAGCCGAGCCCCCUGCCGCCGCCAGAUCCGUCGUCCUCGAGCUCAGGGACGUGCCCCGGCGCGCAACCCGCGGGGACGCCGGAGAUGAGCUACAGCGGGAGCGGCGGAGGGAAGCGCCUCCGCACGUCGCCGAGCGAGGCGGACGGUAGCCCCAGGCGCCGUCGUGGGUCGCCGUCGGUCUACUCCCCUUCGCCGUCGCCCUACCGGUCGCCCUCGCCGCUGCCGUCCCCGUCGACCUACCGGUCGCUCUCGCACUCGCCGUCGCCCUGCCGGUCGUGGUCGCAGAGGCCGCCCAGCGACGACGAUGCCGACGAUCUGAGCCGCAGCCGCGGGUCGGACGACCUCGACCGGCACGGGCGGAGGCCUGCCUGGAGGCCACACGCGAACAAGGAGCUGGGUGAGCACGGGCGCACCGGCGAGUUCAGCGUCCGGAUCGAUGACUACGACCGCCUCUUCACCUGCAAGGCCUGCCGCCGCAUGCUCUCGCCGCCGGUCUACCAGUGCCCCUUCGCCCACGUCACCUGCUCGAGGUGCCACGAAGAAGUCGGGGACAACCGAUGCAGCUGCUGUGGCAGCGGCAAUGGCUAUGGGCGCAACCGCGUCGUCGAGGAGUUCCUAGGCCGCAUCCGCUUCUCCUGCCGCAACAAAGUGCAUGCCUGUGAGGCCUUCCUUCCGCACCACGAGAUGCGCGAGCAUGAGCAGACCUGCCGCCACGAGCCUAUCUUCUGCCCUGUCCCCCAAUGCGGCUUCGCCAGCCGGGCUGUCGCACUCACGUCCCACCUCACCCUCCGCCACCACUGGGACACAAUCAGGUUUCACUAUGAUGAGAACUUCCGGGCCUCUGCCUUCACGUCGACCAUCUUCCAGAGCCGCGACGACGGCGAGCUGUUCUUCCUCGACAGCUUCAGCGAGGGCCGUGGCAUUGCUCUGUCCAUGAUCUGCAUCCGCCCUGAGAACGCCCGUGAGCAGGAGUUUGUGUAUGAGCUGAAGACGCCGGUAGGCAACGGCGGCAGACGGCCCUGGCUGCAGAUGCAGUCGACGGCGCGGAACACAUCGCUGCGGCACGGGCUGGGGGAGAAGGAAAAGGUCUUCCUGCUGGUCCCCAAGGACUUGCCAGGCACAGAGGAUGGCAACGUGGAGGUGUGCAUCCGUAAGUUUGGCCACCAGCGCGACUCUGUAUAGGUUAGGCGACCUUGCUUGAUGGCGAUACUCAGCUGAAUUUUAUAGGAUUACUGCUAGUAGUAGAUUCCAGUUCAUUGCUGAAUGUUGAUGUUGAGGUAAUCUGAAUUUCAUAUUGGUGAACGCUUGGUCUGUUGUGGAUUAUCGGAUUGUUGAGAUGGGGAACUUAAGCACCGAACGUAAGCUCUGUUAAUUGUCAUUUACAGUAUAUGUAGAUACUUGUAGGCUUU